GCAACCAGUGGACGGCGCUGAUGGUAGCGAGUUACUUCGGGAGCUCCGAAUGUAUCCGACCGUUGAUACAGGCCAAGUGUGACGUUGACGAGAUCAUCGAAGAAUCGAUGACAACAGCCCUCAUGUUCGCCUCCCGCAAGGGUCAACUGGAAUGCGUCCAAGAGCUGAUAGGCUGCAACGCCAAGAUCGACCUCGCGAACAAGCUCGGGGUCACGGCAUUGAUGGAGACGGCGAAACAUGGGCACGAACAAUGCCUGGCUCUGCUGCUUGCCAGCAAGGCAGACGUGAACAAGAGCGACGACAAGGGAUUUUCCGCUCUCAUGCAUGCUGCUGAGAAGGACAACGUUGACUGUGUCCAGCUACUUCUGAAUCACGAGGCAUCGCCCAAGCAGAGGAGUUUGAAUGGCAAGACUGCAGAGACUCUGGCGCCGCCCAAUAGCAAAAGCCUGCGAGCCAUCCAGAUCGUCUCGCAGGCAAGUCUAGGCAACAGCUCGUGAUGACGAGGUGAGAGGAGCCUGGCGGCUGCCCUGGGAUGUUCGCGUCCUCCAGGUCUCCCCGCCUCCCCCCAAGGAAAGGCGAGGAGAUGCACGGGUGAUCUGCAUGGCGGGAGGAGCAGGGAGAAGGAGGGAACCUAAAGGAAGGAACAGAGAUCGUCGUUAGCAGGAAGGACGGAGAGGAGAGGAGGAGGAAGGGGAGCUGGGGAAGGGAGGGAGAGCAAGGGGCAGGGGAUGAUGUGGAGGAAUAAGAACAAGCUUGGCUCCAUCUAAAUCUGGAUUUUCAUAACCAAGACAUAAAUAACAUGAAUGGG